AUGUUGCAUUAUGGGAAACUGGAGGAGUUUGUGUGUCUGGUGAUGGAGACAUUCCCAGAGCUGCUGAGUGAGAGCCAGAGGACCGAGCUCACUCUGGGGCUGCAGUACAUGUCCCCAGCAGAGUUUGGUUCCAAAACUGACCCAGCUCUAGAGAUUCUGUUGUGGGAGUUUCUGUCCAGACUGAAUCAGCUGCUGCUGGUACCAGACCUCAAACAGACAGUGUGCUGGCUCAGUGCUGCCCCCUCUGUCCUGGAGGUCUGUGUGCAGACUGUUUUGUACACAGACCAGCUGAAGACCCUUCUCAGGCACCACAGAAGUAUUGGUCAGUUGGACAUGAAUGUUGCAGCAACACUUCCAUCCAUAGAGGAGUGCAAGUUGUCCUCUAUAUCUCACCCUCCCUCACAAAGAAUGGUGGAUUUUACCAAGCUGACAAACACCAACAGUCAAUCAAAAUUUGCAACUGACUGCAUGACAUGUUCAAGCCCCAACUCUCCUGGUGAAGACAAAAAGGCUGAAUCUAUGUUGGACAGCUCGGAUUUCACAGAGGUAGAGCCAAGAUCAAGUUUGAACAGAUGUGAUUAUAUAGAAGAGAGGACAAAUGGAUAUUUAAUGAGCAGAGGGCAAAAAGACAUACUAACCAACAUGAAGGAGGAGGUGGAAGAUGGGGAGAGGCAGAGUGUGAAAAUGGAGACAGUGAAUGAUGUGAAAGGUGAAGAGGAACUCUCUAAGGAGGAAGACAAAAAGCAGGAUGAGCAGAGGGAUGGACAUAUAACUUACCAAGUUGGCCAAACUGACAAAUUGCAGAUGAACGGAUUAAAAUCAGAACACGGACAUCAGGACGGGGAGGAGCUGUCUACUCUGGUCACUUCCUGUCUACUAAAACAACCUCGAGUGCUGAUUCACCGGGUAGAAAUUGCCAAUUGUUCAGUUUCUGUGUCAUCACUUCUUCCUCCCGUGGCCUCUAAAAGAGGUCAAGGUGUGAUGUGUCCAUGGAGAUGCCAUGAGAUCUCGUCACGGAGAGGAAGUGGAUCACUGACACAGAACGGUCAGGUUGUGACCUGGAAGAGAAAGACCCAGUUGAAGAAACCAGUUGCAUCAGAGAAUGGGAUCUGUGCUGAAGCCUCCCUUAUUUCUCCUGCCAUCUCCCCUAGGAACAAAAACACAGAGCCCUCUCUCCCUGUCUCCUCCCUGCACCUGCUGGUUCCUCCACUGCAACUCCUCUCAGCAGCUAUGUGGCAAAUUCUACAGCAGCAAGACAUGUUGCAUUAUGGGAAACUGGAGGAGUUUGUGUCUCUGGUGAUGGAGACAUUCCCAGAGCUGCUGAGUGAGAGCCAGAGGACCGAGCUCACUCUGGGGCUGCAGGAGUCUGGCUCCAAAACUGACCCAGCUCUGGAGGAUCUGUUGUGGGAUCUCCUUUACAGGCUGGAUCAGUUGCUGCCGGUACCAGACCUAAAACAGACUGUCUCCUGGCUCAGUGCUGCCCCCUCUGUCCUGGAGGUCUUCGUGCAGUCUCUUUCAUAUGCAAACCAGCUGAAGACCCUACUCAGGCACCACAGAAGUCUUGGACAGUUGGAAAUGAAUACAACACUAGCCUCCAUAGAGGAGUGCAAACUAUCCUCCAUGUCUUGCCCUUCAUCUCAAAGAGUGGUGGAUACUACCAAGCGGACAAUCACCAACAGCCAAUCAGUAUCCAUACUCAAUCAGUGCAUGAACUUUUCAGGUGACACCAUAAAGUCUGAAUAUGUGACAGACAGUUCAGAUUACGCAGAGUCAAGCGACAUACAAACUGACAUGAAGGAGGAGGAGGAAGAUACGGAGAAGCGGAGUGUUAAAAUUGAGGGAGACGAUGGAAGAAAAAGAGAGGGAUGA